UAAUUAUUGACUGCAUUGAGAAAAGUUGUUUCGCGAGAUUGGUCUGAAAGUUUUGUUAGCCGUGUAGUGAACAUUGAGUGGAAAAUCGUGUUAUUUGGCGUUGAACGUACAAAAUACCGACUCGAAAAUGCUUCCAGACGGGCCUAAUACGUCGGAAACCCAAAUGUCACUGCCAGCACUGCCGUUAACACAAAAUCGUUUACUAUCAGCUCCACCAUUAACCGUAUCCGCGUUAGCAAAUAAUCUCACAAAUUCAAAUGAAAUACUCAUCGAGAAAAUAAUACCGGGCAUCCACUUCUCAAAAUCGAAUAAUUUCUGGACACCAGAUCGUCUUCAAUCGCACGGAUUUACACAUAUAAUCAACAUCGACAGACAUAUUACACAGAGAUUAGAGGCAGCCAGAAAAGACUAUGCAGCUCCAUCGGAUAUAUCGUCAUCUACAGUGAACGAUAGAUUAACAGAUUCAUCGAUCAUCUCAACCAAUAAACAAUCAUUUUUAUAUGAAACACAGAAGACUAGUAAAAAUGCACCAGUUAAUACGUUAGAAUUGAAUUUCGGCGAGGAGUCGUUUUUGACAACAGUUCUUCCCAAUUGCUAUAAAGCUGUGAAAUUUAUUGACAAAGCACUACAGAACGGUGGUGCUAUUUUGGUUAUUGAUCAAUUUAAUGAUCAGAAAUGUUUGACAAUUGUGAUUGGAUAUUUAAUGUACAAAAAUAAUAUCAAUUUUAAUGAUGCUUUUCAACGUGUUAAGAGCAUUUUCAAGAAGGCUGAACUCGAACCAUUUUUUAUUAGUCAACUUUACGAAUAUGAGCCAAUUUUACAAGUUGAACGUGCUCAAUCGCGCGGUCACAGUUGCUCACGUGAACUUCGAAGUGCGCAACUGAAGCGCAAGAAAAUACAUGACGAUACUUUUUCCCCGCAAAACGACUUCAAUUAUAAUCUUCAACCGUUUUUGAUUGCAACAAGCAACACCCAACAUUCUCAUUACCAAUCAUACAGUGAUAAUAGCAGCGACGUUGCGAUGGAAUAAUAGUUGAUAAUUCACUGAUGCGUAUCCUAUAAUUUAAAAAUCGAAAAUAUUAGUGAUGAUACUGGGAUGUCAUGAGAAAGCUAAAUAUUCGUUAAGGGAGUUGUACUUUAUGAUAGUUUCAUUCAGCAAACUUUUUCCAAUUUGCAUAACAUUAGUUUUAUAGUGUAAUUAAUUUAAGCGGUGAUUUAUGUACCUUUUUUAAUUAUAGUUUUAGUAUUUAGUCAAAAUAUUUCGUAUGAGCCAACAGUAACAGAACAAGAAACAUUUUUAUAUGGUGAUUCGAUUCAUGUACUGACAAUGUUUUGGAUUUUAGUAGAUUUCGUAUGUCAUGGUGCUUAUUUAAAUUUAGUAAGGAUGAACGUACAUUUUCUUUAUCAAAGCCAGUGUUUCUGGAUUGUCUUUCAUAAAUGCUUUUUCUAUGUCUACCUGGAACCAAGCGUUGAAAACAGUUUUUUGUCGAUAUUCUGGCAUUUGCACAUGAUGUUUUUAAAGAAACUGAACUUAUCCAAAAAAAAAGCGAAAUCAUGGUAGUGUCUACUGCAUUUCACUAUAGACGAAUUCAUGUUUCGAAUGUACUAGAUAUUUUUAUAUGGACUCAAACAGUGACGAUAUACAAUAAAUAAUUGAACAAACUUGGAAA